AUGGGGAGCGGACUCCUCGCCGCCGCGCCGCUCGGAAUCGCGGCGUCGGCGCCUCGAUCCCGGCGGCGCACGCGUCGCGCGCCCGUUAACGUCGCGGCGACAUCAGCCAGCGGGGAAGACGGGCUCGAGCGAGUGGAGAACUGCUCGGGGUGCCUGCGCCCGGAGAGCUGCCCGUGCCCAAAGGCUAUCCGCCGCGCCAAACAGAAGCAGCAGCAGCGGCGGCGGGAAACGAGCCGGCGGGACGAGGACGACGCCGCGCCCGGCCGUCGUGCGGUGCUCUCGGCCCUCGGCGCGGUCGCCAUGGGGGGCGGCGGUGCGGUCGUCCCGGGCAACCCGGCGGUCGCGAUGGAGAACGGCCUCAUAUCCGAGGCGUGGUCCGCAAUCUCCGGCGCCCCGUCCGACCUCACGUUCCCCGAGGACUUCCUCGGUACCUGGCUGUGCUACUCCACGCUCACGCGCGUCGAUACCCUCCAGGGCGACGAACUGGUCCAGGACAUCGCGGUGGUGAACCGCGCGCGGAAAGACGUCGGCCAGCAGAUCGUCUACCCGAUGAGGUUCAUCAAAAACGACCAGGGACGGGUGGUGAUGGACAGGGCCUACAACGUCGUCAGGAUGGCGGAGGCCACCGCGCGCGCGUACAACGUCAUAGACUCGGUGGAGUGGGACGUCAACGACCCGAACGUGCUGAGAGGGAGGAUCGGCGCGGACGGCAGGAGCGUGUUCUUUCGGGUGAACCAACGGAGCGAGGAGUACCCGGCGCCGGACAGGAUCGAGACUUCGGAGGUUGCGCAGAUCGUCUUUGACGGCGGGGAUAACGGGGGAUACGCGCCGACCCCGACGGACGACUCGGUCCCGGCGGCGAUCCCCGCGAUGGCGCUGGGGCCCGACGGAACGCGCGAUCCGUCGGGUGCCGCGAAGGCGACCAAGGUCAAGUCGAGCAGGACGUUCACCAAGUGGAAGUUUCGGUCGGCGGAGGCUGCCGGGGAUGGGCCCGCCAUCGUCGCGGGGCAGACGGUGUACGAUUACCUGACGUCGUUCGACCCCGGGUUCAUCGAGAGCAGGGGACAGCCCGUGACGCAGUACACGUACAAGCUGGCGCUGUUCAGGGCGAACAAGUACAACCUCGAGAACUGA